AUGUGUAUAAAGGGAGCAGAUUGGUGGAAUUACCAGCCAUCUAGUGGUAGCAGUUGGUAUUGGAAAAGUGUGUGUGAGAUUAAAAAAGAGAAAAUCAAGCUUCUAUACAGUAGGCAUGAGAUCCAAAGGCUUCAAAAGUACUCUAUUAAAGAGGUGUAUCAACAGUUGAUUGCUCCUAGAGAACAGAAUUUUCAGAAAGGAAGCGAGUUCCCCAAACAGCUUCAAGAGAUGGUUUUACUCCGCCUACAUUGGUGGAUAAAGGGUUGGCAAGAAACAUUCCCAUAUUCAAUCAAUGAUGUGCUCCAAAACCCCAUGUGCCUCAAAAGGGGCUCAACUCCAAGGAAACUCAAAGAGUACCAUGGUUCCAGUGAACAUCAAUUAUGGAGACCUCCCCCUCAAACUGCUCUGAAGUGGAAUAUUGACGCAUCUUUUGAUCCUUCCUGUAACCUCAGUGCCGUAGGAGGUGUUCUACGAGAUGAUUCGGGUUCUUUCAUUUGCCUCUUCUCAUGCCCCAUUCCACCUUUGGAGAUCAACUCCGCGGAAGUAUAUGCAAUAUUUCGAGCCAUCAAGCUCUCAAUAUCCUCCCCGCCAUCAGGAAUUCCACAUUUAUAUUUGAAUCCGACUCCGCAAAUGCAGUAA